AUGGAUGCGCUGCAUGUCAGGAGUGUUCUGGUGACUGGUUCUGACCGGGGAAUUGGGCUGGGUCUGGUCACUCGGUUCCUGGAGAAGAGAGACCCACCGGAGUGGGUUUUUGCCACCAGCCUGGAUCUUGAAGGGUCUCAUGGGAAGAAAUUAAAGAAGCUGGCUGGGCAUCACCCAAACCUUGUUGUGCUGCAGCUGGAUGUCAGAGAUCUGAAGAGCAUAGAGGCUGCUACGAGGAAGGUAGAGGAGCACGUGAAAGAGCAUGGGCUGACUCUGCUCAUAAAUAAUGCUGCCAUUUUGAUCAAAUUCACCUGCUUGGUCACUGAGACUGCAGAGAACAUGGAGCGCCAGUUCAACACGAACACCAUUGGGACCUUGCAAGUCAGCCAGGCAUUCCUGCCCUUGCUGAAGACUGCUGCUCUCAGAAGCCCCAUGGAAGGGUUAAGCUGCAGCAAAUCUGCCAUCAUCAACAUGUCCAGUGACUUUAGCUCUAUUGAGAAAAUGUCCGGGUGGUGUCUCUCGCAAGUCGUCUCCUAUCGCUGUAGCAAGGUGGCUGUGAACAUGCUCACCAGAUGCAUGUCUUUGGAGUACAAACAGUUUGGGAUUCUCUGUCUUUCCAUGCACCCUGGUUGGGUGAAAACUGGCAUGGGAACAUUGCUGGUUCCAACUUCCGUGAAGGACAGCACUACACGUGGAUGGAUUGAAAUUACCUUACUAUCUACUGCUUAGCGACUGGUGGAAGUUGAAGACACAGGAUCUUUCCUGGACUGGGAAGGAAAAACUGUUCCUUGGUGAACAACCAGAAAACCCAUCUGUUCCACAGAUA